ACAUGCACUUAUCUUUUGUCGGACAAUGAUUGCUGUUAAUUCCUUUUUGGUACAGAUUCGUGUAGAGCCUUCAGACUCUUAUGAUCUAAUAUCAUUUAAUGAAACGCAGCAGCAUCACCACUAUUCAAGAGCGACAGAGCAAACAAUACUUUCCGGCGAAAACAAAAUGGAGGGAACUCUCAAGUCUCCGGCCAACUACGUUCCUCUCACUCCGAUCAGUUUCCUGGAUCGAUCUGCCGUCGUCUACGCUGACAGAAUCUCCGUCGUUUAUGGCCCCGUCACCUACACGUGGCGCCAGACCCGUGACCGCUGCGUCAGAAUCGCCUCCGCUCUCUCCCACCUCGGGAUCUCUUCCGGCGAUGUGGUUUCAGUGUUGGCACCAAACGUUCCAGCUAUGGUUGAGUUGCAUUUUGGUGUUCCCAUGGCUGGAGCUUUGCUCUGUACACUCAACAUUCGCCAUGAUUCCGCACUUGUAGCAGUUUUACUCAGACAUUCAGGUACAAAAGUGCUUUUCGCUGAUCAUCAGUUUCUCCCAAUUGCUCAAGGAGCUUGUGAAAUCCUCUCAAAGAACCGUGAAAAGGCCCCGCUUUUGGUCUUGAUCCAAGAGCCUCUUCUUCAACCUGUUUCGGGGAAGAAGAAGAGCUUGAUGGAAUACGAAGAUGUUGUGGCCAUGGGAAACUCGGAUUUCAAAGUCAAAAGACCAAAAGAUGAGUGUGAUGCUAUCUCUCUUAAUUACACAUCAGGCACCACUUCAAGCCCCAAGGGUGUUGUUUACAGUCACAGAGGUGCUUAUUUGAAUUCUCUGGCUGCGAUUAUACUCAACGAAAUGCAAUCCUCGCCUACUUAUCUAUGGACUAAUCCAAUGUUUCACUGCAAUGGCUGGUGCUUACUUUGGGGUGUUACCGCAAUUGGUGGCACUAAUAUAUGCUUGAGGAAUGUGACCGCAAAGGGUAUAUUCGAUAACAUUUCCAAGCACAAAGUGACUCACAUGGGAGGUGCACCGACAAUACUGAAUAUGAUCGUCAACGCGUCUGAAUCCGAGAAGAAACCGCUUCCCGGGAAGGUGUCGUUUAUAACCGGUGCUGCACCACCACCGGCUCACGUGAUUUUCAAAAUGGAAGAGUUAGGGUUUUCUAUGUUUCAUUCCUAUGGGUUAACCGAGACUUAUGGACCAGGCACGAUCUGUACAUGGAAACCUGAGUGGGACUCUCUGCCUAGAGAAGAACAGGCGAAAAUGAAAGCCCGGCAAGGCGUGAAUCAUUUGGGGAUUGAGGAAAUAGAUGUUAAAGAUAGUGUAACCAUGAGAAGUUUGCCAGCUGAUGGUGAAUCUAUGGGUGAAGUUGUCUUCAGGGGAAACACAGUGAUGAAUGGUUACUUAAAGAAUCCUGAAGCAACCAAGGAAGCUUUUAAAGGAGGUUGGUUUUGGAGUGGCGACUUGGGCGUUAAACACCCUGAUGGUUACAUAGAGCUGAAAGAUCGGUCCAAAGACAUUAUCAUCUCUGGAGGAGAAAACAUCAGCUCGAUUGAAGUUGAAUCUGUUCUGUUCACUCAUCCUUGUGUUCUUGAAGCAGCUGUGGUUGGGAGGCCUGAUGAGUAUUGGGGUGAGACUGCUUGUGCGUUUGUGAAGCUUAAAGACGGGUCUAAGGCCAGUGCCGAGGAGAUUAUCAGCUAUUGCAGGGACCGGCUUCCGCAUUAUAUGGCUCCGAGGAGUAUUGUCUUUGAGGAUCUUCCUAAAACAUCGACUGGGAAAGUCCAGAAAUUUGUUCUGAGGACCAAGGCUAAGGCUAUGGGAAGCUUAACAAAGAAAGGCAGAAGCAAGUUGUGAAUUGGUAAGCUUUUGUUUACUUCUUUAUCAUGUUGGUUAAGCUAAACCGGCAUUGUUGUAUCAUUCUGAAAUAUAAACCAAGUUGUAUCAUUCUGAAAUAAAUUAUCACGUGGUUUAAGCUACACAGGAUUUCUUGUCCUAAAAUAGACCAAGUUGUAUCUUUCUGGAAUAAAACAAAAACGGUGGUGUGAA